AUGGAUCUAAUGGACAUCGUGCGCGUGCUGGUCGAUACUUUCGGACUGGAAGAAAUACAAAGACACGACGUACUCAGCCUCAUGUCCAAAAAACCCUACUUUAUCGACACACCAAUCAAAGACAUAUAUAAAUUUGACGAGAGCAAUCCGUGGAAACCUGUCAGCCCGGACACCUCACUUAACGAUGCACUCAAGCUGAUGACGGAGAGUGACAAGUAUAUCCGCCGCAUCUGUGUGUUAGACCCCACAAAGACUGAUAAAGAACAGCUAGUGGCCAUCAUAUCGCAGGCGGCACUAGUACGGCACAUAAGCAAGAAGGGAGCCUUCAAGGAGAAUGCGACACGCACCACAUGUGUGGCCGAUUUUUACAACAAAGACAAGAAAAUCAUAGCGCUCGAGGGUGGCAAAACAACUAUCGAGGCCUUUCAACUGAUACGGAAAACGAGGGAGUCGUUGGUCACCGUAAACGUAUAUUGA